AUGAAGGAUUCAAGCCAAUCUUCUGAUCCCAAUAAAAAUUCUCACCCUGAGACUAAUUAUCGUGGCCCGCAUUCUCAUAUGAUGAGAAUGGACUUCAAGCCUGAGGAUGACAGAUUCCUUAUACCAGCACCAUAUGGGAAUGGAAAUAGAUUGCUGGAGGAGAAUCGCAUCACUUUUUGA